UACUCUAGCUCCAACCUAACUCACAGUCCUCUUUGCUCCUCUAUUGGCCAUGCAAUUUUGAACAGGGUCUCUUGACUUUUGAGGAAAACAUGGCUGCCAAGGAGAGCGAGGCAGAUUUUUACUGGGGUUCGGGAAGUUUCCCGUGUUGGCGAGCGAUGUUGUGUCUGGCUGAGAAGAAGGUGAAGUACCAGAGCCACCUGCUGUCCAUGGACAAGAAGGAACACAAGACGGACGAAAUACUGAAACUGAACCCUCGUGGCCAGCUGCCUAUCUUCAAACACGGUCAGGUUAUCAUCAAUGAAUCUGUGGGGAUCUGUCAGUAUGUUGAGAGUGCCUUCAAAGGUCAAGGCACCCAGCUGAUGCCUGAGGAGCCUUCCCAGCAGGCCGCAGUCUUGCAGCGUAGCCUGGAGGCGGAGAACGUGCGACAGAAGAUGGUGCUGGACACGCUGAUGUACAUGUGGACAACCAAGCCUGAGGACAUCAGCCAGGACCUGUUGAAGCAGAAGAAGCAAAAUCUUGCUCAGGAGGUCCAGUACUGGGAGGGACAUCUUGCAAAGCUAGGACCUGGGUCACACAUUGCUGGGAAGGACUUCACAGUUGCUGAUGCCACGUUCUGGCCUUCACUAGCCUUCCUGGUGAGACUGGGCAUGCCCAUCCAGACAUGCUGCCCAAACCUGGCCAAGUACUAUGAAAUGGUGAAGCAGCGUCCAACUGUUCAAGAAACCUGGCCGCCCCACUGGAAGACGUCACCUGGUCCGGAUUACUUCAAGGACUUGUUUUAAGGAGGAUGUUUAGAUGCUUGAAGGGGGCUUUGUACUUUGAGGGCUUUGAUACAUUCGUGUAAUUUGAGUGAUUAAAUCUCUUCAACAGUCACAACACCAUUGCAAUAUAUGUAAAGUACAUGCAAUAUAAGAAUAAAAUUAUUCUUUGUCAUGAGCAAUACUAACCCUGGAUGUAUAAAGACUUCUCAACUUCCACGUAAUGUCUGAAGACAACAUAUUUUGUAAGAUAGCU